GUGCUCGGGCAAGUUUUACUUCUCCCUAGAGCAGGGGUGUUUGCCAGCAGCCUGCACUCUCAGAAAUCAGACUUGAGUGGCCGGAACCCUUGAGACCAGAGGCUUACCAUGCUGCUCCCUAGGAGGGCCAGGAACUGCUGACGGGACCACUGGACAGUUAUUCUUGUCUCUUACAAUUACCAAACAGAAUGGACAAGCUUAAUAAAAUAACCGUCCCCGCCAGUCAGAAGUUGAGGCAGCUUCAAAAGAUGGUCCAUGAUAUUAAAAACAAUGAAGGUGGAAUAAUGAAUAAAAUAAAAAAGCUAAAAGUCAAAGCACCUCCAAGGGUUCCUCGAAGGGACUACACUUCAGAGAGCCCCGCUGACGAAGAGGAGCAGUGGUCCGAUGACUUUGACAGCGACUAUGAAAAUCCAGAUGAGCACUCGGACUCAGAGAUGUACGUGAUGCCCGCCGAGGAGAACGCUGAUGACAGCUACGAGCCACCUCCAGUAGAGCAGGAAACCAGGCCGGUUCACCCAGCCCUGCCCUUCGCCAGGGGCGAAUAUAUAGACAAUCGAUCAAGCCAGAGGCAUUCCCCGCCCUUCAGCAAGACACUUCCCAGUAAGCCCAGCUGGCCUUCAGAGAAAGCAAGGCUCACCUCCACCCUGCCGGCCCUGACUGCUCUGCAGAAACCUCAAGUCCCACCCAAACCCAAAGGCCUCCUUGAGGAUGAGGCUGAUUAUGUGGUCCCCGUGGAAGAUAAUGAUGAAAACUAUAUUCAUCCCACAGAAAGCAGUUCACCUCCACCUGAAAAAGCUCCCAUGGUGAAUAGAUCAACCAAGCCAAAUUCCUCAACGCCCGCCUCUCCUCCAGGAACAGCUUCAGGUCGAAACAGUGGGGCCUGGGAAACCAAGUCACCUUCACCAGCUGCACCAUCCCCGUUGCCACGGGCUGGGAAAAAACCAAUGACACCACUGAAAACAACUCCAGUUGCCUCUCAACAGAAUGCUUCAAGUGUUUGUGAAGAAAAACCUAUACCUGCUGAACGCCACCGAGGGUCAAGUCACAGACAAGAAGCUGUGCAGUCACCAGUGUUUCCUCCUGCCCAGAAACAAAUCCACCAGAAACCCAUACCUCUGCCAAGAUUUACAGAAGGGGGAAACCCAACUGUGGAUGGGCCCCUACCCAGCUUUUCAUCUAAUUCCACUAUUUCAGAACAGGAAGCUGGCGUUCUCUGCAAGCCAUGGUAUGCUGGAGCCUGUGAUCGAAAGUCUGCUGAAGAGGCAUUGCACAGAUCAAACAAGGAUGGAUCAUUUCUUAUUCGGAAAAGCUCUGGCCAUGAUUCCAAACAACCAUAUACACUGGUUGUAUUCUUUAAUAAGCGAGUAUAUAAUAUUCCUGUGCGAUUUAUUGAAGCAACGAAACAAUAUGCCUUGGGCAGAAAGAAAAAUGGUGAAGAGUACUUUGGAAGUGUUGCUGAAAUCAUCAAGAAUCAUCAACAUAGUCCUUUGGUUCUUAUUGACAGUCAGAAUAACACAAAAGAUUCCACCAGACUGAAGUAUGCAGUUAAAGUUUCAUAAAGGAAAAAAAAGAGAUCAAU